AUUACACCAUGCAAGCCUACGCCACUCCUGGCUGAAACAGGUACCGGGUACUUUGUUUAUAGGUGUUCCGACGAUAUCACGUGCAGCCACCCCACCAAGGCAACACCUACAAUUCACCCCUCAAACUCCAUCUUCCCCCAUCCGAUUCCGUUUCUUGACCUCCGCCCAUCCCUUCAACCCGUCCCUUUUCGUUCACUCAUCUACAUAAGCAAUCAUGUCGCUCGCAUCGGGUGUCCAGGUCCAGGAUGACUGCAUUACCUCCUUCCAAGACUUCAGCCGCAGCCACGGAAAGACCAAGUACAUCAUCUACAAGAUCGCCGACAACAAGAAGGAGGUCGUCGUAGACUCAGUCGGCAAGGACCAGGACUACGAGGUCUUCCGCAACGAGCUCGCCGACGCCAAGGACAGCCUGGGUCGCCCCGCUCCCCGCUACGCAGUCUACGAUGUCGAGUACGAGCUGCCCGGCGAGGGCAAGAGAAGCAAGAUCAUCUUCAUCUCCUGGGUUCCCAGCGACACCCCCACUCUCUGGUCCAUGAUCUACGCCAGCACCCGUGAGGUCCUCAAGAACGCUCUCAACGUUGUUACUUCCAUCCACGCCGACGACAAGGCCGAUAUCGAGUGGAAGACAGUGCUGAAGGAGGCCAGCGGUGGCAAGGCAUAGAUGAUGGCGCCGGCUGGAUCCGGGCUGCGCGACGGAUAGGGGUGCGCCCUCGACGGCGCUGCGGAACGAUCAAUUCAUUUCCUCACUCCGUUCUCCCAUUUUCUUCUUAGUUGCAAUGCAAGACCGUUACGACUUGGCCUGUUUCUGUUCAUUUCGAGGCCUUCAGACCAUGCAGUUUGCGGAUUUCAAUCCAAUCUCAAAAUCUCUUUUCUUUUUGAACCUCGAAACAUGCUUGAAACUCGAAUUUCGAAUCUCAAUUGUCAGAAUUGGGUGGUUUUCCUGCUUCUAAUGGAGUGCAUAUGAUAGUCCCGGAGAGUGCUGGCAUUGUGUAGAUUAGUUAGGCAUGAGUCUUGUGGUUGACAACUGGCUAGAGUGUAGGCGGGUAAAUAUUCCGAGGCGAAAGCCCUGGGUGAAAAGGGAAGAGGGAGCACUUGGGUUAUCAUCCAGGAACAUGAUAAUCAGCAACAAAUAAGCACAACACCGCCAUAUCAUCACAGAAAAAGAACGUCAUGCCAUAUGCUGAGAAUGAUGAUGCUCCUCACUGGCAGAAUUGAGAUGGCCGGG